AUGUUUUGCUCAUCUCAGAGAGGGUCCUGCUCCUCCCGAGCCUCCGCUUCCUCGGGGGCCACAGGCAGCAGGGUGUGCUCAGGUGGAAACACCUUCAGCAGUGGAAGCAGCUGUGGGCUGGGGGGAGGUUCUUCCUGGGGCUUCCAGGGAAGCCACGGCAGGUGUGGGCUGGGCGGAAGCUCUAAGGGUGGCUUCGGAAGUGUCACUGAAGGGGGCUUUGGUAGCUGCGUGGUAAAGGGUGGGUUUGGAGCAGUCUCUGGCUUUGGUGGAAGUUCUGGCUUUUGUGGGGGUUCUGGCUUUGGUGGGGGUUCUGGCUUUGGUAAGGGCUCUGGCUUUUGUGGGGGUUCUAAUGGAGGCUUCUCUAGCUAUGGAGGUAGUAUGGGAGGUGGCAGUGAUGGGGGCCUUCUCUCUGGAAGUGAAAAGCAAACCAUGCAGAACCUCAAUGACCGUCUGGCCAGCUACCUGAACAAGGUGCGAGCCCUGGAGGAGGCCAACACCGACCUGGAGACAAAGAUCAAGGAGUGGUAUGGCAAGCAUGGGUCUGGAAAAGGGGAAGCUGGGAGAGACUACAGCAGAUACUGGCCAGUCAUGGAAGAUCUGAAGAACCAGAUCAUUGCAGCCACCAUUGAAAAUGCCAGGAUGGCUCUGCAGAUCGACAAUGCUAGACUGGCUGCGGAUGACUUCAGGAUGAAGUAUGAACAUGAAUUGUACCUCCGGGGGUCUGUGGAGGCCGACAUCAAUGGCCUGAGGAAAGUGCUGGAUGACCUUACCAUGAAUCGCUCUGACUUAGAGAUGCAGAUCGAGAGUCUCACAGAGGAGCUGGUCAUCCUGAGGAAGAACCAUGAGGAGGAAAUGAAGUGCACACAAGGAAGCUCUGGAGGAGAUGUGACAGUAGAAAUAAAUGCUGCCCCAGGAACCGACCUGACCAAACUACUGAAUGACAUGAGGGCGCAAUAUGAGGCGCUGGCUGAGCAGAACCGCCAGGAAGCGGAGAAACAGUUCAACGAGAGGAGUGCAUCCCUGCAAGCCCAAAUCUCUACGGACGCUGGCGCGGCCAACUCUGCCAAGAACGAGAUAACCGAACUGAGGCGCACCAUGCAAGCCUUGGAAAUUGAGCUUCAAUCCCAGCUGGCCCUGAAGUGCUCUCUGGAAGGGACCCUGGCUGACACAGAAGCUGGCUACAUGGCUCAGCUGUCUGGCAUCCAGACACAGAUUAGCAAUGUGGAGGAGCAGCUCAGCCAGAUUCGGGGUGAGACACAAUGCCAGAAUGCAGAGUAUGAAUGCCUGCUGAACAUCAAGACACGCCUGGAGGAGGAGAUCGAGACCUAUCGGCGCCUACUCAAUGGAGAGGGAGGAGGAUGUGAUUAUCGAAACUUAGUAUCCAGCCAUGUGGUAUUGAGUGACUCGAGAUCCGGGAGCUGUUCUGGCCAAGGAAAAGAUCCCAGCAAGACAAGAGUGACGAAGACCAUCAUAGAGGAAGUGGUAGAUGGCAAAGUUGUCUCCUCCCAAGUCAGCAACAUUUCUGAAGUGAGAAUAAAAUAAGCAGUUUCCAGAUCAGCAGAAGCAUCUGUCAUAGGAAACAGUGGAGUGGGGGAGCGAGUGAAGAGCCACACCAGCCUGACCAUCGCGCUGGCUCAUUCCCGAGAAAACCUGCUGUCCAGCAUCAGCUGACCAGCCCAUUUCCUGCA